AUGGAAUCUUCCGAUUACUUGAUUAAAAAUAUUGGUGGUCAAGAAAAACACAAGACGGACGAAAUAAAUACAAACAAAACAUUAACCGAGUUAAAGGAUAUACAGCAAAAUAAUGAUUUUAUUCCUUCUGCUCCACCACUUCCUCAAACUCUACCAACUCUACAAAAAACAGAAAAUAAUAUUAAAAACAAAGGUAAGGUUGAUAGACCAGCAGGUCUACCAAAAAAUCUUAUAGAAGAAAUCAAACGCGGCGUGAAAUUGAAGCCGGUAAGUCCAAUGGUUAAAGUAUUAGAAAAAUCAAUUAUAGAUGACAAAAAUGUUCGAAGAAUGAACCCUUUUGAUAGUACUUGUAUCAUUCCUUCACCACCUCCUCAUACUCUACUAAUGCCACUAAAAUCAGAAAACAAUGUAAAAUGCAAAAGUAAGGUUUAUAGACCAGCAGGUCUACCAAAAAAUCUUAUAGAGGAAAUCAAACGCGGCGUGAAAUUGAAGCCGGUGAAGCCAGUAGUUUCAGUAAUAGAAAAUCCAAAAAUAAACGAAAAUGAUUUUGAAAGAAUGAACCCAUUAGGUAUUCCAAUGUUUCGUCGGGCAAGUAUGAUGUCGAGCAGUUCUAGCUCCGAUACGUCAUCGGAAUACUUUUCUCUAGAUGAAUGGGAUAACUAAAUAAAAAUUAAUCGAAAAGUAAAGCUUGAAUAAACAAUGGCAAGUGGUAAUUAAUAAGUCAACCGCUCCUGAGCAUAGUUAGUGUGUAAUCGAAGAGUCAUCAAGAUGAGCUGAGGUUACCGGUUUGUCUAAAACGAACAGACAACCGGAUCAUACCUUGACUUUGUACUUUCUAUGUUUUUAAAACCAAUUGCUAACAGUAAUGUUGGAGGUUUUUGAGAGAAAUUUUUUAAUUAAAAACUUAAUAUUAUUA